CAUUUAGCUACUUACAAAUUACAAGACACACUACAAGGAAAAAGGUGUUUUGUGUCGGUUGUGUCGUGUCGGCUCACUUAACCGACACAAAAUUUAGGAUUCGUGUCGCAUUUUUGCGUCGAACAACCAACCGACACAAUUUUUUUGUUAUUAGUGUCGGUUAUUAUUGUGUUGGUUAACAACCGACACAAAAUUUAAAAUUGUGUCGGUUACAACUAACACAAAAUUAUAAUUUAUUUUUUAAAAAAUUAAUUUGUAUUUAUUUGUGUCGGUUACAUUUUGUGUCGGUUGUAACCGACUUAAUAUUUUGAAUUGUGUUCGUUACAACCGACACAAAGUGAAAUUUAAUUUUUUCGUCUUCCCGCCGGAAGUCUCUCAUUCCCACCCAAAAUUUCACUUUCUCCCUCAUUUUACUUUUGAUUUGAUUUUUAGUUCCCCCAACUUAUUUUGGCCGGGCACUUUCUCGUUUCUCCCACCAUUAUCUCUUCCUCUCUUAUUCUUCUUCUCUGUAAAUGAAAAACAGAAGCAGAGAAAUGAAAAUUGCCCAACUCAAUUCUCUAUUCAAAUCGCCUAGCUUCUCGUCCCUCUAGCCAAACCAGAAAAAGCCUUUCCUCGGCCUUCUACUUCUGCCUUAUGCCGCCGCUGCGAGCCAUCUUUACGCCGCCGCCAUCGCCGUUAGUCGCUUGACACAAAUCGAAAAAGGUUUCUGUUUUCAGGAUAUCAACAUCCCCUUCUUCCUCCACUAUUCUCUUUGCGGAACCACCGAGUUCGCACGGUUUAGGCCAUUCCAAAGGAAGAUUCGCUAGUGCCCAGACUUAAUCGCCGGAUCAUGGCGGCUGGUUCACAGAUCGAGGCAGAUCAUUACAAUCGCCGAUAGUUAGCAGCGAUUUCAUCCUAGAACCAGGCGAUUGAUGUUCCCAGGAGGUUUCUCGCUAAGCUCGUUCCCAGAUCGAGACGUUUUGCUGGUCAUUUGGAGGAGAUAGAUCGUCGGUGGGAGAGGGCGGAGAUCACAGGUAAGAUCCAGCGACGAUCCCUUGUUGAGACUUCCCCUCCGUCGAGUUAUGGUGAUGAAAAAUCCCUCUCCUCUUCGUUAUCGCUUCGCCCGAAGAGCUCCCUCGCAGAUUGAGGGGCUUUGCUGCUGCCAAUGGAAGAUGGGUAAUGGAUUGAGGGGUUCGACUUUGUCGCAACCUGCUUGAUAGAGGAGUUUCUCUACUGGAGUGGGAGAUGAGCGACAAAAGCCAACUGCUGGCUUUUGGACUCGCGAACUAGGACGGCGGCGAUUCUUGUUUGGCCGAUCAACGGCGAACUGGUCGCUUUUUUUUAUAAAAAAAACUCAUAGAUUAGAGUCGGUUAUUUCAUGUCGGUUCCACCGACACAAAUAAUGGUCUGAUACCGAAAAUGGAUAUUUCUGGAAAAAUAUUAGUGUCCGUUGAACCGAAGUAAAUUAACCGACACAAAAAAAAUUGUGUCGGUUACUCCGGCGGUUAGCCGAAAUCGACACAAAUUUGUUUAGUGUCGGCACGUUUCGUGACGGUUAAGUGAACUGACACAAAUAAACGACACUAAACAUAGAAAAUAACCGACACUAAAUGCAUGUUUUCUUGUAGUGACAAAAACACAACAGGCUACAAACAAGCGCUUUCAAAGAAACCACAAAACACCUAGCUGCAAACACUCUCCAACCUUUAAACUUAAUUUGAGAAGAAAGACACUUGUUUGUAUCCCAGUGAUUUUUAACUCAUCAAAACCAAUGACUUGAUAAGCCUCCUUCAUCUUCUACACAUACCAAAUUAAGCCUCAAAACAAGUUACAAGUGUCCUUCAACAUAUAUAAAAGACUAAUACCACUAGGAAACCCGAACUAUUAACUUUGUGUCAUUUGUGUUCUAAAGUAUUCGAUACGACAUUUUUUUCCCAACUCUCGAAGCCCACCUCCGUCUCCAACUCUCGAAGCCCACCACCGCCGUCAUCAGAGUCCACGGCCCAGACCAGAGUGGCCGCCAUCUUCGCCGGUGAAAGGUAAAUCCCCAAAUCGAUUUACAAUUGACGGUAGAGGUUGGGAGACGUGAGAGGGAAGGGUAAAUCCCCAAAUCAAUUAGUUCAUGUUUAUGUUUUUUUUAUUUUUGUAAUUAUUUUAUUUUAUUUUCUUAUAUGAAAAAUAAUUAUAAAUUCCACCUCAGAUGCCACCUCAGCACUGACUAGACUUUCUGUUAAAAAUUAACGUCAACACCGGUCAACUCUAACGAAAAAAUAGUUUGGGACACAAUUGUCAUAUCGAAUACUUUAGGACACAAAUGACACAAAGUUAAUAGUUCGGGUUUUCUAGUGGUAUUAGCCCUAUAUAAAAGCCAUCUAUUCUUCCAAAAAAAAAGUUUCAUUUCUCUUUGUCAUUGUAUGUUAAAAAUCUUCUCGAAUGUUUUAUAUUUAGUUUUUCAAUUAGUUAUAUUUGUAUGAAGAUAAUUAGUAUUUAAUAUUUAUAUAAAUGUUCAUAUCGGCAUGUGGCUAACACAUGACUCAUAUGAAACUUCCAUUAAAUAACAUAUAUUAAUCCCAAUCCACCUCAACUUUACUCAGAGAAAACGUAUUGACAUUAUCAUUAAGUAAAACCGUUUAAAUAAGUUACUUUUUUUUUAUAAGUUACUAUUAAUGCAAGCAAGGACUAUACUCGAUAAGACUAUAUAGUCUACGUUACCAUAAAUUAUUUAAAACAUAUGGAAUGUAUUUUAGUUUUUACAUGUGAAAAAAAUUAAACGACCGCUUGAAUACCCUUUUGACUCAUUGUUUGUCAGGUUUAUAAUUAAAUUUGACCACUCUAAACCUCUUAUAAAAUGGUCAAGCUAGCUAGAUGCCCUCCUGCCGCGUGAAAUUAUUUGUGUAUAAGCCCAAGAAUUUCUCUUAUUGUCAUCGUCUUCAUCACUGUCAAAACACCACAUAGAGAUCACAGAAAUGGAGAAAUCCUGUUUUGUGUCCUCUGCCAUUACAGUAAUGCUGCUUCUGUUGGUCCAUGGCCAGAGCUUAUUUGCAGGUGCAACCACUUACACGGUUGGGGGCCUGGACGGGUGGACGAUGGAACAGGCAAAGAUUUGGCCCAAGGGGAAAUCCUUCAAGGCUGGUGACUAUCUGGAGUUUACAUACAACUAUGAAUUCGUCAACGUGAUAACUACGGCGAAGAAGACAGAGUACGACCAGUGCAAGCUCCCGGUCUUUGGGAUUUACCAGUCCGGCCGCGAUUUCAUUCGCCUGCACAGAGGCCACAACUACUUCUUCUCUGGCAUGGGUGGCCAGUGCCAACUGGGUUUCAAGAUGGCCAUCUUUGCAGAGUGAUGGAGGGGAAAGUAACUACUCCAUACUAGAAAAUAGAAAACCGCAGGGGAUGUACUGAAAGAUGUUUUGUGUUUUAUUACCAUGGUGACAAAUAAAAUUGAGUUUAAUAAAUCAUCACAGUUGUAUCCGUAACCUUCCUCUCAAGUGGAGGCAUGAAUGUCAAUACAAAGCCUUUAGAGAGAGUUCGUCCAUCGAUCAAUGAAUUUCAAAUUUUCAA